CCUGGCGGACUGUCCGCCAGUACUGGCGGACAGUCCGCCAGGACCUCUCGGGGUCAGGCAGCAGAACUUAUCAUUUUUCUUCCAUCCAACUAUCUCUUCGUGGGCCCAUCGUGUUAUGUCCGUGGGAGGCUGUCCAAAACCCUCUACACCUCUUGGAUGAAGCUCCUCUAUCUCUCUUCAUCCACAUAACACAACUAGCCCCUCUCACUCUCUCUUCCUUCCCCACGGACAACACCCCCCAUUGCCCCCCAUUGUCCGUGGAGCCAAGGAUUCGGUUCCUCCGCAAGGUCCACGGCGAAGGAGCCCCUCCACAGGCUGCAAGAACCUUCUCCCCUCGUUUCCAAUCCUUUGGAAGCACUUCCAUUCAUCCUAGGGCAAGAACAAGAUGGUGCAUGAGAGGAGGACCAAGUUCUUGCAUGAUCCCGUCUCCAACUCCGAUUCCGAUGAAAUUGAAGUCGUUCCUCCACCUAAGCGCAAAAGGAAGCCAACGCCCAAAAUUUCAAUGAGUCGAGCUGGGCAAAUGGGCGGUCCUAGCCAUGCGGCACCCAGGCGUAGCUACCAAAGAGCUGCUCAACCACAAGGUGAUGUGCCUCAAGAGGAGGUUCCUAUCUUUGAUGAGUACCCUCCACUCCAACCCUACCGGAAGUACAUCAUGCACAGACCGGAGUACACAAGGAUCAACUUCGGUGACCCUGGAGUGAAGCGAGUGGAUUACACCACAAAGCAAAGAGGUGCUGCAUUUAAGGAAAGAAAGGAAAAUCCUUAUGAUUAUGAGAAGUACAUCACGGAUAGGAGGUUUUGGAGCAAAUUUCAAGCUGAUUGGUACAUAUCCGUCUUUAUUGAGAAGAAGAAUGCUAUCACCGUCUCCAAGUACAUCAAUUGGGAUGAAAUGAGUGAGAAAAAUAAUCCAACCUUUGACUUGGUCAUACGUGAAUGUGAGAGGAAACACCUCUAUGAAUUCUUGGCCCUCAAUCAAGAUUGGAACAAUGAGUUGGUUGCUCAAUUUUGCUCCACUGCUUGGUUUGAAGGUGAGGGCAAGAAUUCCUUUAUUCACUUCAAUCUUCAAGGGCGCGCCUUCUGGGUUUCAUACAAGCAAUUUGCUACUAUCCUUAAGCUUGAUGACACUCUAGAUGAGAUGGAAAUUCACGAUGACAUCAAUCCAACGGAUGAAGCUCUUAUGACUCUCUAUCGGGAUGAGGAUCCGGAUAUAGCGACGACUCAUGGACUACGUCCAUAUAUGGAGAUCAUGAACAGGCUAUUCCGGGAGACCUUGACUCCCAAGAGGGGUGAUCGCACCAAGAUUCAUGGUACGGUCAAGAACCUUCUUCUAGCUAUGGACUUUGAUCACCCGCCCUUUAGUGUCUUUCACUUUUUCUGGACGGAGUUGAGGUACAUGCUCCAUCAUGGCAGUAAUCCAGUUAUCUAUGCUCCAUACAUUCAAAGGAUGAUUAAUGCCGUGACUGGAAUGGAGUUUGGAUAUGAUGCGGUCCAUGCCCCAUACUGCCCACAGCCUCCCAAGGAGCAAGAGUUUCCACCAGAGGGCGAGUCUCCCCCAUCAGCUCACUCUCCACCCCAGCCCACUAUGGAUAUGCCCUCCACCUCGGCGAUGCCUUCCUCUUCUAGGACUCGUCCUCGCAGGAAAGGCAAUGCCUUUAUUUCUGGCUUGAAAGCUCUCUUCAAAGUAUGCCGCAACACCAACGAUGUAGUUCGUGCUCACGCUCAGGCAAAUCAGCAGAGUAUCAACAGGAUUGAGCGCCACCUUGGCAUUGAGGAGACGGAUUGGCCCUCGUUUCCGCCUUCUCCUCCUAGGGACUUUCCAGCUGCGUGGGAGCAUUAUGAUGUAGGUGCUGAUGAUGAUGAUGAUGAUGAUGAGGAUGAUGAGUGAUUACUGCUCCGGGCUUCCAUUUGUCUUUUCUCUUUUUGGUGUUUGAUGCCAAAGGGGGAGAAGAUUGUAUCCUAGCAUUCCUAGCAUUCUUAUCUUUCCAUCCUUUAGAGUCGUUGUGCGACUUUGGAUCUAUGUGAGACUUGGCUUGUAUCCUAUUUGAACUAAGUUGGCUUGUAAUUUCUAAUUUCUUUUUAUGGAUGAUGUUUGCAUGGUUGUGAUCUUAUUGCUUUUCUAUGUUUGUGAAAUCAUGUGAUAUUACAUUAUCUUGGUUUUAUCUCAUCAUGAUGCUUUGACUUUAUUUGGUUUGCUCAUUACGAAAUGAAGCCAACCCAUGCCUUGAACAGAAAAAUGCAAACCCGACGAUUCGUUAAAA